CGCGGGCUCCUCUUAAACCCCGCGCAUCCUCCGCGCCUUCAUCUCCCUCCUCAGCAUCAUCAUCGUCAUCACCUUCCUCAUCCUCACCCUCCCGCUCCUCACAGGCACCAUCCCACCGUCCCCACAGCAGCGGUGUCCUGGGCAGCGUCCGGAUCGCGCGGAGGAUUCCAGUCUUGUGACCCACAGCACUUGUUCUUCUGAAGAAAAUCCAGUUUCCUGUGCCACCACCCCCACCAAAAACCAUGGAGAAGUUUGUGUCAGAAAGGCCUGUUCCUGUCUCUAAGAAUGAAAUCCCUACUCUUCCUUCCCAGAAGAAGCCAGAUACAAACUCAUGCCCUCAUGCACCUGCCAAAUAUUUGAUCUCUGGUGGGGUGGACACUGGGAACUGCAAGGCUAAUGAGAAGGAGAGGCAGUGGAUCCGCCCUGAUACACCCAGCAAAUGCACCUGGAAGCUUGGGAAGCCCCUCUCUGCCUCCCCCCAUCAUCAUGCCACCGUGCCAGAGCCUCCGAAGAUCCUGCCAAGCAUCCUGAAUAAAGUUGGCAAUACACCUUUGGUGCGGAUCAACAAGAUUGGGAAGCACUUUGGGCUCAAGUGUGAACUCUUGGCCAAGUGUGAGUUCUUCAACGCCGGCGGCAGCGUGAAGGACCGCAUCAGCCUCAGGAUGGUGGAGGAUGCUGAGAAGGCUGGGAUCCUGAAACCUGGGGACACCAUCAUAGAGCCAACCUCUGGGAACACAGGGAUCGGGCUGGCCCUGGCGGCGGCAGUGAAGGGUUACCGCUGCAUCAUCGUCAUGCCAGAGAAAAUGAGCAUGGAGAAGGUGGAUGUCCUGAGAGCUCUGGGUGCUGAGAUUGUGAGGACCCCAACUACAGCCAGAUUUGAUUCUCCUGAAUCUCACGUGGGAGUGGCCUGGAGGUUGAAGAAUGAAAUCCCCAAUGCACACCUCCUGGACCAGUACCGCAAUGCCAGCAACCCCCUGACCCACUACGACACCACAGCUGAGGAGAUCCUGCAGCAGUGUGAUGGAAAGGUGGACAUGGUGGUGGCCACAGCUGGCACAGGAGGGACCAUCACUGGCAUCUCCAGGAAGCUGAAGGAGAAGUGUCCAGGCUGCAAAAUUAUAGGUGUGGAUCCUGAAGGCUCCAUCCUUGCUGAACCAGAAGAACUGAACAAGACUGACAAGACAAUGUAUGAAGUGGAAGGAAUUGGAUAUGAUUUUGUCCCCACAGUGUUGGAUAGAUCUGCAGUGGACCAGUGGUACAAGAGCAAUGAUGAGGAGUCCUUUGCCUUGGCACGGAUGAUGAUCCGCGAGGAGGGGCUGCUGUGUGGGGGCAGCUCGGGCAGUGCCAUGUCUGUGGCUGUGAAGGCAGCCAAGGAGCUGAAGGAGGGUCAGCGCUGUGUUGUCAUCUGCCCUGACUCCAUCAGGAACUACAUGUCCAAGUUCUUGAGUGACAAAUGGAUGAUUCAGAAAGGGUUCAUGAAAGAAGAAGACCUUGGCAACAAACCCUGGUGGUGGAACAUCAGCAUUCAGGAGCUGAGCCUCUGUGCCCCCCUGACUGUGCUUCCAACUGUUACCUGUGCAAAGACUGUGGAAAUUCUCCGGGAGAAGGGAUUCGACCAGGUACCAGUUGUUGAUGAAUCUGGGGUGAUUCUGGGCAUGGUUACCCUGGGUAACAUGCUUUCCUCACUGCUUGCUGGAAAAGUUAAGCCUUCUGAUGAGGUCAGAAAAGUAAUCUACAAGCAAUUUCAACAGAUUAACCUGAAAGACAACUUGGGGAAACUCUCUCACAUCCUGGAAAUAGACCACUUUGCUCUGGUGGUUCAUGAACAAAUCCAAUAUCACACGGAUGGCUCCUCCAGCAAGCGGCAGAUGGUGUUUGGCAUCGUGACAGCCAUCGACCUCCUCAACUUUGUGACCGCGCGCGAGCGGGAGAGGAAAUCCAACUAAAGCCAAGCAGCAGCCUGGAGCCUCCUCAGCAUUCUGCAGUCUCAAACAAACAAUCAGGU